GUCUGACAGAUGGGCGGUACAGUGCAACGUGACGUGUCCUCCAUUAUGGUGUGUCGUAACCUAUGCUGAAAUAUCUAAUUUGUUAUUCUUUAUUUUGUGAUCCUUGGUGUAAUAAAUACUAGGGAUACUGUGGCUUUGCACCUUUCUGGGUAAGGGAUAUCUCCUUUGAAUCGAGCCCUUUACACUUCUCAGUAACGUAAAUCUCUGUUUAUCAGCUACAACGAACUCUCCAGCCUCCUUUUUUCACAUUUCAGAUAAGAGCGUCCUCCAGUAAUUUCCGGACAUUAUUACAUCGCGUAUCAUAAAUUUGUUAUUCAUUAACGGGAAUAAUUCAGCUUGUUAAUUUACGGUUUUAGUACCGCAAAUAGUUUAACACUGUCGUUUCAUAGACUGAUGAGCGUAGGUAGAGCUUCAUUUACUAUUUAUAGCACUGCAGUGCAGCCCAAUAGGUGGGCCUCAUAACGAGCAGAGUUACUCUCCCUUCAAACGCAUAAGGUGAGACUUAGUGCAGAGGGUAGAAAUUCACCUUUAUUACCAGUAUAAAAGCUUAUUCUUGUUGCAUUUAAUUUGCUUGUGUUGUUUCAUGAAAUAUUCAGGAGUACCCAUUACUUAGUCCGUCCAUUCCCCCAGGACACAACUGGCCAAAAUGGGCAAAUGGUAGCUCAACAAACUUGUGCCAUUUACUCGUUACUCUUCCCCCACUGCGCAACGCCUUGAGCCGUCAAGUGCACCUUAGUCAAGGUGUGGAACACACCAAGAAGAGUAAAACGAUCCGAUUUGACGAGUGUUUGUACCUGUUUCAGCUUAAAUAUGGUAUCCACUGCCAAUGCAGUGUUCAAUUUCUUUAUGAAGAUACUUGUAUUACCAUUGUGGUUGCUCAACCAGGUGGGGAUAUGGAGCCCCCUUUACAGGUUACUUUUCCCGCAUAUACUUUACCGGCUUACUAAACAUUUUAAUAAGCUGAUGGCUAAGACCAAGCGGGACCUUUUCCUUAACAUUGAGAAUUUCGCCGUACAAAAGGGCAGACUAACCGUGCUGGAGAUAGGCUGUGGUACAGGUGCUAACUUCCAGUUCUACCCCCGGGGUACCAGGGUCAUCUGUGUAGAUCGUAACCCCCAUUUUAACAAAUUUCUGCAGGACAAUAAGAAGAUGUACCCACACCUCCAACUAGAAAAGGUAUUCGGCCCUGCGGAGGACAUGCACAGGGUAGCCGAUGGAUCUGUAGAUGUGGUGGUCGCUACGCUGGUACUUUGCUCCGUGCAGAACGUGUAGACAGUUUUAACUGAGGUGGCCCGAGUGCUGAAGCCUGGAGGAGCCUUUUAUUUUUUGGAACAUGUAGCUGCAGAUCCUGCAACCUGGACUUACUUCUUCCAGCAUAUUUUUGACCCUCUGUGGUGGUAUUUUGGAGAUGGCUGCAGCCUUACAGUGGAAACAUGGCAGUAUCUGGAGAAUAGUGGCUUUUCUGAUUUGAAAUUGAAGCAUUUGCAUGCCCCGUUGGCUCUGCCUCUUGUACGCCCCCAUAUUCUAGGGUAUGCAGUGAAGUAGAACUAGCAAGUCGAACAGACCAACAGACAUUGUUAUGGGGGAUAAACUCCCUCUGUGGAUUUUCAUUCCAAGUGUGUAUUUUGCUAAGGGAAAUAACUUAAUCAUUUUGAAUUGUAAUUCUUGUGCUAAAUUAAAACAGAAAAAAAGAUUACUAGAAAUCUGUAAACUUUUAAUGAACAUAGAAAACAUUUUGGUCUUCACUUUAUCUGCUGCCUUUGUAGAGGAAAUAGUCUUUGAGAAAAAAGCUUUUCCCUAAAGAGAAUAAUGUGAGGAAUUUCACAAGGAAGGUAAAAUAUUUAUAUAAAUUUUUACUCUUGUGUUAUUAAAACAAGUCAAGGUUGAAAUUUAUUAGAAUCCUCAGUUUUUCUUUCUGAGGUACUGCAAAAAGUUAAACUAAAGGUGGCUGUAUAGGUUCAGUGCCAAGCUGUAUCUGUUAUGUUCUAACAUCUAUAUUCUAUGCUUAACAGCUUAUUUCAAUCAUUUCAGUCACAGGACACUAUAAAUCCAUCAGCACGAAUUUCAUCUACUACAGUGUUAACCAGACCGACAAUAGGAUAGUAAUUACAGAACAGUUUCAUUUAUAAAUACCAGUAUUAACAUUUGUAUUAUAAUGUUAGUUGAUAGGACUGUGAUUCUUAAACCCAGCCUGUGAUAGUGCUUUAUCUUGUGAUAAAUGGACUCUUGACAUCUGUAUUCUUUAUUACUUGCAUGCAAGCAUUAAAGAUCACCCUUUUCCAGCAA